CCGACGCGCUUAUCUUAGGGGCGGCUGCGCGCGCGCCCGCCCAGUCCGAGCUGGACGGCAGGGUGGAUGACCUUUCUCUGCUGCGGCCUCGAGCGACCAUGAACGGGACGCGGAACUGGUGUUCCGUGGUGGACGUACACUCGGAGGGCCAGACCGCGGCAGGUAGGAAGACCUAUGCCAUGGUGUCCAGUCACUCAACAGGCCAUUCUCUGGCCUCAGAGCUGGUGGAGUCCCACGAUGGCCAUGAAGAGAUCAUCAAGGUGUAUUUGAAAGGGAGGUCUGGGGACAAGAUGAUCCACGAGAAGAAUAUCAACCAGCUCAAGAGUGAGGUUCAGUACAUCCAGGAGGCCAGGAGCUGCCUACAGAAGCUUCGUGAGGACAUAAGCAGCACAUUUGACAGUGACCCAGGCACUUCUCUGCACCGACCAGAGAUACAGGUGGUGCUAGAAAAGCCAAAUGGCUUUAGUAAAUGUCCCACAACCCUGUACAGCAGCUCACUGGAGACGGACAUUCACCUAAAUGAAGAUGUGGAGAGCUUGCGGAAGACUGUGCAGGACUUGCUAGCCAAAUUGCAGGAGGCCGAGCGGAAGCACCAGUCAGAGCGUGUGGCUUUUGAGGUCACACUUAGCCGGUACCAGAGGGAAACGGACCAGAGCCAGGCAGCCCUUCAGAGAGCUGAGGCCUUGGCUGAGCAGAAAGAGGGUGACAUUGGGGAGCUGCAGAGGCGCUUGCUGGGCAUGGAGACGGAGAAUCAGGCCUUGCUGGCAAAGGUCCAGGAAAGGGAGGCAGCCCUGGAAGAGUUGAGGAGCAAGAACACCGACUGCCAGGCAACACAGGAGAGGGCUGCCAGCCUGGAAAAGGAAGUGGCUGGUCUACGAGAGAAGAUUCACCACUUGGAUGACAUGCUCAAGAGCCAGCAAAGGAAAGUGCGGCAAAUGAUUGAGCAGCUUCAGAACUCAAAGGCUGUGGUCCAGUCGAAGGACACCACAAUUCAGGAGCUCAAGGAGAAGAUUGCUUACCUGGAGGCGGAGAACCUAGAGAUGCAUGACCGCAUGGAGCACCUGAUCGAGAGGCAGGUCAGCCAUGGAAACUUCAGCACCCAGACCCAGGCCAAGACGGAGAACCCCAGCAGCGUGCGUAUAUCCAAGCCCCCCAGCCCGAAGCCCUUGCCACUCAUUCGAGUGGUGGAAACCUGAGAUGAAGGAGAAAGAUGGAUGCUCAGCAGACUUCCACGUCCAUCCUGACCGUACACUGGGCCAUUCUCCUGCCAGCAGGCGCCCUGGCUGUGGCUUUAUUCCCGCGGUGACUAUUUUUCUUUGUAGCCUCCCUUCAGCUGCCCCAGAA